UGUGGGGUCCGGGUGCAGGCGGCCCGGCUGCAUCAGCGCCUGCUCCAACAGCUGCGCUGCGGCCCCUUCCAGCGGUGCCAGCUUCGCAGGCUGCUCUGCUACUCUCCAGGCGGCCAGGCCGGCUGCUUGCAGCACGGCUUCCUGCUGCGCGACCCCCACGAUGGCCCAGAUACCAGGCGCGCUCUGCUCGAGCUGCUGGGAACGUGCCAGGAAGCCCCGCGUCCGCACCUGGGCGAGUUCGAGGCUGACCCGCUCGGCCAGCUGUGGCAGCGCCUUUGGGCCCUGCAGGACGGCGGGCAGGUGCAGGUGGGGUGUGCACGCGUGGCGCCCACCCGGGAGCCCCCGCUGCACCCCGUGGUGCCAGACCUGCCUAGCUACGUUGUCUUCCCGGACGUGGACGCUGCCUGGUCAGUUUUGGAGGCGUGCACGCCCUUUAUCCCUGAAGCCCAGGCAGUGCUUGACUUGGUUGACCAGUGCCCAAAGCAGGUCUGGAAGGGAAAGUUCCCAGUUAUUGCCAUCGAAGGACUGGAUGCCACUGGUAAAACAACAGUGACCCAGUCAGUUUCAGAUUCCCUCAAGGCUGUCCUCUUAAAGUCACCACCCUCUUGCAUUAGCCAGUGGAGGAAAAUCUUUGAUGAUGAACCAACCAUUAUUAGAAGAGCUUUUUACUCUUUGGGCAAUUAUAUUGUGGCUUCGGAAAUAGCUAAAGAAUCUACCAAAUCUCCUGUGAUUGUAGACAGGUACUGGCACAGCACGGCCACCUACGCCAUAGCCACCGAGGUGAGUGGGGGUCUCCAGCACCUGCCCCCAGCCCAUCACUCUGUAUACCAGUGGCCAAAGGACCUGCUCAAACCUGACCUCGUCCUGCUGCUCACCGUGAGUCCCAAGGAGAGAGAGCAGAGGCUGGAGGGCCGGGGCAUGGAAAAGACCAGAGAAGAGGCUGAACUUGAGGCCAACAGCAUAUUUCGUGAAAAGGUCGAAGUGUGCUACCAGCGGAUGGAGAAUCCUGGCUGCCAUGUGGUUGAUGCCAGCCCCUCCAGAGAAAAGGUCCUGCAGAAGGUUUUAAGUAUAAUCCAAAAUCACUGUAAUUGACUGCAGUUAUUACUCUGGCCAGCUGCCACAUUUUACUAGAUUAGGUGUUAUUUGAUACCAUUUGUUAUGUAGUUUUCCCAGAUUUCUGUUGCACAAGCAUAUUGUGUGGCAGAAAAUUGAGGACUAGACAUUCUAGUCGUACUCCAGUCAGUGGACUUUCUUCAGACUGGUGGACCCAUCAAGCUUGAGACUGGUCAUGUUCCAGUGAGAGGCCUGUGAUUGCUUUCUGUCCAGUGUAUUAAACAUUUUCUUGGAACAUAUUA